GACUUGAGCCAACAACACAGCAUCACCAGGAAAAUGGAGGCAGGGCACGCAUAGAGAAACACACACAAACACAGACACACAGUUUCAGCAUCACUGGAUAGAAAUGAUGCUCUAAACAUUAGAGAAAAUUGAAAAGAUGAUAUUUUGCGAAAUCAGAGAGUAGAUUGCGAAUUGACAAAGAAUCUGCAAAAUCUUUAUUGCCAAGACACGAAGGCCACUUCCAGAGGAGGGAGUUAUGGAUUCUUCCUGCACACUUGGUGAUGAGAGAACAUCUCCUCCCAGCUCACUUCACAUCAGUGGAGCUGGUGGAGGUUCAGGUCACCGCAAACGCCGCACACUUGUAGCCCCAGAUAUGAACUUGUCCUUGGAUCAAAGUGAAGGGUCUUUGCUUUCUGAUGAUUUCUUGGAUACACCUGAUGAUCUGGACAUUAAUGUUGAUGACAUUGAAACUCCUGAUGAGACAGACUCCUUGGAGUUCCCAGCCAAUGGCAAUGACCUGGAAUGGGAAGAUGAUACACCAGCGGCCUCAGCCAACUCGGGGCCUGUAGAAGGGGCUGAAGAUGAUGGGGAAGUUGGAAAUGGUCGCUUGUGGAGAACUGUUAUCAUCGGCGAGCAGGAGCACCGUAUAGACAUGCAGCUCAUUCGGCCAUACGUGCGUGUCAUAUCUCAUGGAGGUUACUACGGCGAUGGUCUGAAUGCCAUCAUCGUGUUUUCGGCAUGCUAUUUGCCUGACAGCAGCUGUGCAGAUUACCAUUAUAUCAUGGAAAACCUUUUCCUGUAUGUAGUGAGCAGCCUGGAGAUGCUGGUGGCUGAGGACUACAUGAUAAUUUAUAUGAAUGGAGGAACACCGCGCAGCAAGAUGCCUGGUAUCAGCUGGUUGAAAAAGUGCUAUCAGAUGAUUGACAGAAGACUUAGGAAGAAUCUCAAGUCUUUGAUCAUUGCACAUCCAUCCUGGUUCAUACGCACAGUCUUGGCCAUCUCCAGACCCUUCAUCAGUGUGAAGUUUAUGAACAAAAUCCGCUACGUGCACAGCUUAGAGGAACUGGAACAGAUUGUCCCCAUGGAGCAUAUCCACAUCCCUGAGUGUGUCAUACAGUAUGAUGAAGAAAGAAUUAAAGCACGAAAAGAACGAAUGGAAGAAGAGGGGGAACAUCAGCCGCAAGAAAAACAAGAGUCAGCUGAUACAGACGGACCAUCAGCAACAACCACAACAAAAGUAGAAGAACCAGUCCUGUGAGAUAAGGCAUUUCCAUAAAGGUCACUCUUACCUGCUGAUCUAAGUCCAGCUUCACCUUUUACUGUCUUACUAUGGUCUAUAAUCACACCAAUCACAUACUGGUCCCAGGUCAGCAUACAAGGGCCUCUUUUAUCAGAGGUUUCUGAAAAGCCCACCACCAGAUGGCACUCCAUCCAGAGAAAUAUUGCUGUAUUCAGUAGCAGGAUAUGUAUAACCUUAACCACUACUGCAGCUUCCCGGUUAAUGACAGACCCUGAUGUCCACUGUAUGGCCAGUUCCAUCUUAAAGAAAAUGCUGUCACCUGCCUAUACAAAUCAUAGGUGUGUUUGCUCAGGAGAGAUUCUUUAAAGCGAUGCAUGCAAAGGUUCCUGUCUGUGUGCACUUGUGCCCAGCUUGAAUGUUAUUACACUCUGCUGCUUGUUUGUAUGGCUAUUUCAUAUUUUGAUUUUUUUUUUUAAAUGUUUCGAAUGCUUUCUUCCCCAUCAGUAUUGUGGUAAAUUAUUGGCUUUUAAAGUUCCGCAGAAGUGCAAAUCAAUAUUUGCAAGAGAAUGUGGCUUGUCACGGGUUUUGUUCAGUGGUAAUUUUAUGUUGCCUUAAGUUCUGAAUGUCAAAAUUAAACAGCAGUAUAUGAAUGACAUUGGCUCAUUUUAUGCAGUUCAUUUACCAAAAAAAAUGUUCUUAAUGCUGUUUUUGAAUGAAAUGUGUGCAAGAUUUUAGUCAAAAACGUCUUGUCUGCAUUUUAUAUUAUUAAAGAUGUAUCCAUGGAGAGGGCAAAGUGGGUUCAGGUUUGAUCUGGUUAUGCAGCCUUUUGUGGGCCCUGUUUGACUUGUCAUUCCACUUUAAAUGUGACACUGAUGCAGGUUUGUUUGGCAGAAUAUGUUGAUAAAAUGACUCACUUUUGGUAAAGUGACCCAGCUAUGAUCACUCUAGCAACAUUCUUGGGUUUAAUGAGGUUCAUCAUCAGUUGAAACUGAAUUGCCGAACACUGGAUGAUAUAAUCCCUGAUGGUCUGUUUUCUCCACAGUGAGCCUGUAUGGAUAUGCAUAGAGAGCCCUAAUUAUCAAUUUGCAGUUUUGGUUAAUGGUUUUAAAAGGGCCUUUAACUUGCAGCUGUUUACUACUAUUAUAUACCCUAACCAGGCUAUAUACUCAUUUCAACAUACACUAUAUUGCCAAAAGUAUUCGCUCACCCAUCCAAAUAAUCAGAAUCAGGUGUUCCAAUCACUUCCAUGGCCACAGGUGUAUAAAAUCAAGCACCUAGGCAUGCAGACUGUUUUUACAAACAUUUGUGAAAGAAUGGGUCGCUCUCAGGAGCUCAGUGAAUUCCAGUGUGGAACUGUGAUAGGAUGCCACCUGUGCAACAAAUCCAGUCGUGAAAUUUCCUCGCUCCUAAAUAUUCCACAGUCAACUGUCAGCUGUAUUAUAAGAACGUGGAAGUGUUUGGGAAUGACAGCAACUCAGCCACGAAGUGGUAGGCCACGUGAACUGACGGAGCGGGGUCAGCGGAUGCUGAGGCGCAUAGUGCGAAGAGGUCGCCAACUUUCUGCAGAGUCAAUCGCUACAGACCUCCAAACUUCAUGUGGCCUUCAGAUUAGCUCAAGAACAGUGUGCAGAGAGCUUCAUGGAAUGGGUUUCCAUGGCUGAGCAGCUGCAUCCAAGCCAUACAUCACCAAGUGCAAUGCAAAGCGUCGGAUGCAGUGGUGUAAAGCACGCCGCCACUGGACUCUAGAGCAGUGGAGACGCGUUCUCUGGAGUGACGAAUCGCGCUUCUCCAUCUGGCAAUCUGAUGGACGAGUCUGGGUUUGGCAGUUGCCAGGAGAACGGUACUUGUCUGACUGCAUUGUGCCAAGUGUAAAGUUUGGUGGAGGGGGGAUUAUGGUGUGGGGUUGUUUUUCAGGAGCUGGGCUUGGCCCCUUAGUUCCAGUGAAAGGAACUCUGAAUGCUUCAUACCAAGACAUUUUGGACAAUUCCAUGCUCCCAACUUUGUGGGAACAGUUUGGAGCUGGCCCCUUCCUCUUCCAACAUGACUGUGCACCAGUGCACAAAGCAAGGUCCAUAAAGACAUGGAUGACAGAGUCUGGUGUGGAUGAACUUGACUGGCCUGCACAGAGUCCUGACCUCAACCCGACAGAACACCUUUGGGAUGAAUUAGAGCGGAGACUGAGAGCCAGACCUUCUCGUCCAACAUCAGUGUGUGACCUCACAAAUGCGCUUCUGGAAGAAUGGUCAAAAAUUCCCAUAAACACACUCCUAAACCUUGUGGACAGCCUUCCCAGAAGAGUUGAAGUUGUUAUAGCUGCAAAGGGUGGACCGACGUCAUAUUGAACCCUAUGGAUUAGGAAUGGGAUGUCACUUAAGUUCAUAUGCGAGUCAAGGCAGGUGAGCGAAUACUUUUGGCAAUAUAGUGUAUAAUAAUUAAAUAUAUAAAUAUAAUUAAUCUGGAUUGUGUUGAUUUAGGUGUUAAUCUUUAUAGGCAGCACGGUGGCUUAGUGGUUAGCAUGUUCGCCUCACACCUCCAGUGUCCUGGGUCCGAGUCUCGCUCCCGCUCACUGUGUGUGUUUGCAUGUUCUCCCCGUGCUUGUGGGUUUCCUCCCACAAUCCAAAAACAUGCUUCUAGGCUGAUUGGAGUCUCUAAAUUGUGUGUGUGCCCUGCGAUGGGUUGGCCCUCCAUCCAGGGUGAUGCCCGAUGACUCCUGAGAUAGGCACAGGCUCCCAGUGACCCGAGAUCGGACAAGCAGUACAGACGAUGAAAUGAAAAUAAUCUUUAUAAUGUGAUCUGCCGUGGUGUCCAAGAUGUAUUGUAUAAUGAAGUUUUGAAUUUACUUUUUUAAAGUGCCUACCAUCUACAUGUUGGAUGUAUUUUCAUUUUGAUUAACAGUGUCCUACAUUACCCCAAAUUUAUUUUGAUAUAAAUGCGUUUGACUACCUGCUAAUAAUUGCACCAGUGAGAUUUAGUGCUCAUAUCAACACCAUUGCACUCGUUAUCUCAUAUACUGCUCACUAGCUGAGCCAGUUCUUUACUAUAAUGCCUUGUGCAACUGCAGUGCAUCUGAGAUAUUCUGGAAAAGAAACUGUUGCUCUGUUGUAUUUUAGGAGCUAACACCUAAAAACCGACUAUCCUUUAUGGUUAAAAAUGAAUACAUGUUUUCUCCCAUUAAAUAGGAGACUGGUAACUGCAUUACUGGUGCCUUCCUGUGAUGUCAGUGUAGCAGCUGCCAUUUCACCAGGCCUCUUCACCAUUCUGUCACUGUUAUUUAAAUUACAUUAAACAUUUAAAGAUUUAUUUUCACUAUUUCUAAACGAGGAAAUCCUAUGAACAAUAUUUGUAAAGAUUUUGUAUUUAUUUAGAUAUAAACUAUGACCUUUCUUGUAAUGAGGAGUAGCAGCAAUCAUCCCUCAAUCCUGAACCAUUUUCUAAUUUUGUAAAAAUAAAAAAACACACACGAAUUAAAUA